AAUGCUCGAUCAAGUCAAAAAUGCAGAAUAAUUAUUCUGAACAAGAAAUUAUCGAUACAAGACUUACAACUAAAGGUUUUAAAGCCUUUUGUGAAGCAUUCAUCAUGGCUCCAGUGAGUUGGCUUCUGUUGUUGAUGGUUACAUUUCUACAAUUAAAUCUCGCUCGGCCACGAAAUUCUCUGGAGAGCUUUUCACUUUAUAAACGCCCAAUAGAUGACGCCACAAUCGACAGAAACGUCCUUCCUUAUGCUGCUUCGUACGACAGGCCCAGCAUGAUGAACAACUACUUGGCCUUCCUGAGCCGCUUGGCGAAAAAGGACCUGCCGGUUGAGGACCGUCCCUCCCCCGAGACUCACAGCCCCAAAAGGGACAACAGAAAAUUCCAGACUCAAGGAUGGCGUUGAAAUUUAACUUUGUAAAGAUAUAUAAUUUACCUCAGUGAUAUAUGAAUUCACUGUCUGUAAAUAUUAUGAAAAGAAAUGGCAAAGAAUGAAAGUCUUGGUAUGCCAUCGCACUUUUUUUAAUGCAUAAAAUGAGAAAUAAA